GUGACUAUGAUGGACAGGGGGGCGGCAGAGCGGGCAUGUAAAGACCCCAACCCCAUCAUCGACGGUAGGAAGGCUAACAUCAACCUGGCCUACCUGGGAGCCAAGCCACGCAGCCCACAGACAGGUGUUACACACAAACACACACACUCUUUCUCUCAUACACAGACAAACAGUUGAGCACAGCAGAUGACACACUUGCACACUCUCAGUUGACUACUAUUAUAGCUACAUUCCUCUACAUGAUACGGUACACACACAACACACUUGAUGGCACACACACCACUUCUCCCUGAGGGGGCCAUGUGGUCAGGCUCAUACAGUGAUAACUACCAGCCUGUUAACCACCAGCCUCUGCUCCCCUUCAGACUACACACACACUCUUUCCUCUCAGCCUGUGGAGAAAAUACAGGGUUGAAAUCUAGCGCACCACGAUAUAGAUAACAGGGUUUCAUUUUUAGAUGUAGCAUAUGUGUGACUGACGCACAGCAGUAUGUCGGGGUGUUGUUGCUAUGUUACACUCCCAACAUGCAGUUGAUGAGAUAUGUCAGAGCUUGGUAUUUUUGUUAUUGUGUGUGAGAUGAGAGUCUCUGUGUGUGGGGGUUGGGUGUGGAGGUGGGGGUGAUAAUGAGACGGGGGGGGGGGAGAGAGGGCGAGCGAGAGCAAUAACAGCAGAUCUGACUCUUCAUUGUCCUGUGUGACUCACCUCACCCAGGGAGUCAUGAUAAACAGAACACGAGAGAAUGACCAAGGGGGGUGUGUCUGUGUGUGUCUGUGUGUGCACGUUUGGCGUGCGUAAGAGUUAGAGGAACAUUCAGUGUUUGUGAGAGAAAAAGGAGUGUGAGGGUAGUGAGAGGGAGGGAGGGAGGGAGGGGAGGGAGGGAGGGAAGAGGGAGGGAGGGAGGGAGGGAGGGAGGGAGGGAGGGAAGAGGGAGGGAGGGAAGGAAGAGGGAGGGAAGGAAGAGGGAGGGAAGAGGGAGGGAGGGAGGGAGGGAGGGAGGGAGGGAGGGAGCGAUAGAAGGAAGGAAGGAGAGAUGAGUCGCCUAUCUUCACAUUCAUGGUGAUCUCAGGAGUCAAUGAGGUCAGAGCUACGUGUUUGUGAGAGUGAAUGUGUCAGAGAGUGUGUAUUUUCUCGUUAGUGUCCAUGUAGAUUCUCUGUUUCGGUUAUUUAAACAGUGCCUGUUCAGCUCACAGAGAGAUGAAAAGUAAAUGAGUGGUAGGAUCUCUUCCUCCAGGCAGACUCUGUCCCUUAUGCGGUCUCUGUCUGUCCUGGUCUGAUUUCUGUCUUGUCCUUCCAGUAGCUCAGAUGAUGUCCCUCACUGUUGUCGUCUGUAGUAUCUGAUGGCCUCUGACCCUGCUGUGUUCUCUCUGCCACACAGGUUUCUCAGUCGGUGUACAGCAGGUCCAUCCCGCUCUGAUCCAUAGGCAGUAUGGGUAAGAAGGAACCACUCUCUCGGUCUCUGUCAGCCUCUUCCCCUAAUCUCUUCCUUUAAUCUUUUCCUCUUGUCUAUCUGUGUCUGUCUAGUUGUGUGUUGACCCUUCCUUCAGCCAGCUGUGCUACCAUCAGUUACAAGAGCACAGAACUCAGUGAGAAUAUCCAGACACUGGCUUGCUUCACUUAACUGGCUGGCCUGCUGCUGUUUCCUAACAUGGAUACAUUUGGACAUGGGGAUAUUCUUAGCCUGCUUAUGUCUCUGCUCUAUCGUCUAGCUUCUCUCUCUCAUCUAUUAUCUCUAUCUCUCGAGCUCUCUCUCUCUCUUCUCCUCUCUCUUCUCUAUAGAUAGUAUAAGUAUUUUCUUCUUCUCUCUUUCUCUCUCUCUCUAUAGAUCUAUGUAUCUUUCCUUCAUCUCUCUCUUUCUCUCUCUCUCUCUCUCUCUCUCUCUCUCUGUAUCUUACCUUAAUCUCACUCGCUCUCUCUCGGCCAUGGUUGACCUACACAGGCCGAUGAGCUGCUAGUCAAACCAUUACAAAGCCUCCUUACACACACUCUUCCCAGGGAAUGAGUGUGUUGUGAAAACAGGCUGAGUAGAGAAGUGAGGUGUUGGCCUGUGAGUCAUGGUGUGAUAGAUGGGUGAACGGUCACAGUGGCAUGGGAUGUGUGUGUGCUUGUUUGUGCGUCUGUGGGAAAGAGCUCUGUUGGUACAUACACAAUCAACUCACUCUCAUACUGAUAACAGGCAGGCUAGUUCUGAAUAUUCAGUACCAAAGUUAUUACAGUGAUCUACAAUGAGUGGACAAAACAUUAGGAAGAAUUCGUCGGGGCAUGGACUCUACAAGGUGUCGAAAGUGUUCCACAGGGAUGUUGGCCCAUGUUGACUCCAAUGCUUCCCACACUUGUGUCAAGUUGGCUGGAUGUCCUUUGAGUGGUAGACCAUUUUUGAUACACACGGAAAACUGUUGAGUGUGAAAAACCCAGCAGUGCUGCAGUUCUUGACACAAACUGGUGCGCCUGGCACCUACUACCAUACCCCUUUCAAAGGCAUUUAAAUAUUUUGUCUUGCCCAUUAACUCUCCAUGUCUCAAUUGUCUCAAUGCUUAAAAAUCCUUCUUUAACCUGUCUCCUCUCCUUCAUCUACACUGAUUAAAGUAGAUUUAACAGGUGACAUCAAUAAGGGAUUAUAGCUUUCACCUGGUCAGUCUAUGUCAUGGAAAGAGCAGGUGUUCUUAAUGUUUCACUCAGUUUCACUCAGUGUACUUCACAACUAACUCACUUAGUUUGACCCAGAAAUAAAACAUCUCUCUGGCAUUUGUUUAGCCAGAAGGGAGAUGACCAGCGCUGUCCAUGUUUUCUGAUGAGUGCUAUACUAUAUUACGCUAAAUUAUCAUUUCCUAUUCUGUGAGGCUGGUCUGGUUGGGCUGUGUGUUCUGUGCAACAGCAGUAGCAGGAAUUGUGAUAGGCCCUUCAAACCCCAUGGCUCACAGGGCUAUUAAUAUUGCAGCCGCCGGCUUUCAAUUAUUGAAUGAUAUAUUGAGUGGUAAGGGAAUUGAGGCUGACCCAGAUGAGCCUGUGAAUGAAUUAUGGUGAGCUGAUUGAAUGUCUCCUUCAGAGAACCAAUGGACAAUUAAAGCACAAGUACUCCAUCUCUUAUACUGGGUUUGAUCAUGAUAAUGUCACUGUCUGUCUGCCAACACAAUGAAAAGGACUUCCUCUUUCUUAAUCUUCUGUGGAAGUCACUUGGUAUGGAGUGGAUGAAUCUAUCUUCAUGAAGCCUUGACUACUCUGUCAAAACACACAUGGACACGCACGCACCCCCAAAAAAAAAACACCCAAACUCAUCAGCUCAUCAUUUUGGCGAUAAGUAAGCACCAUUGUCUCAGAGCUAAUAGUUGGGCUCCUUCUGUGGGGAGUUCUGCCUCUCCAGGGGCUUCUCUGGCCGGGGUUUACAUAUUGCUCUGUCUGUCCAUGCUAUUGGAAAGGGCAAAUAACAAAAAUAAACAAAAACAGUACAGGAAAAACAGAGCUUCUGUCCCCAGCCUUGGCGUAUUUACAUGAGUGUUUAAGAAGAGAGGGGACUAAUGACUAAUGCUAGGAGUGGCCGUGAAGAGGUGUGUGUGUGUGUACGCGAGUGUGAGGUGGGGGGGUCAGGAUGUGGUCCAGUGCCUCUGGCUGCUUGUAGGACCCAGAGUUGGCAAGGCAGCGGCUAAGGCGCCAUCUGUUCCAGCUAGCUGGCAGGGCAGACGCCAGGCAGGGCGCUGACAGAGAAGUGAGAUUUGGUACUUUAUUCAAAUUCUGUUCUUUUUCUGAAGGAGGAGAGGAAGGAGGAGGCCGGGCGGGUGCAGUGUGGUGUGUGAAGGGCUGGGGUGUGUUUCCUGUUGAAACACAGAGACGGGUUGGAGGGGAGGAGGGGGGAUUAGGGGCUCAGUCACUGCAAACACACAUCUGGGGAGGUAGAGAGGAUUUGAGAGCUGGUGAGUGUCGUGUGUGUGUGUGUGUGUGCGCGUGUGUGCGCGUGUGUGUGUGCGUAUGUGUGAAGUAGAGUUGUCCUUUGCUGAAGUGUUAAGGCGUCAGCAUGCUUCAGUUCGGCUAGGCAAACCAAAUUAGUGUGCUCGCAUACUCCCUUAAAAUACAUUCGCUUGAAAAAUGAAAUAGUACUGUUUAUCCAUUUUGAGACGCCGUAGCAGUAUACCUUCCUCAAAAUAGUCAGAAUUCAUCAAAGAUAACUCAAGAAAUCUGUCAUUAAUUUUGACGUUUUUGCCGAGGAGAUCUUAGUCACACAAUUUUACAUCUAACUAAGAUGUUUGGUGCAGUAUUUCUCCCCAAAAAUGUUUUUAUGAAAACGAGUCGUCUCUCAUUGAAUGACAACAAAGACUUUAUGGAAGAAUCCCUACUGUUAACCAAUCACCGACGAAGGUGCCUAGACUUCGGCUUGCCUCUAGAAAAAGUUUAGUGUGCCCGGACAACCAAAAAUAACUCACCGAAGUCCAAAACGUCUUCAUAAUAUAUGCACAAACUCUUCCGAACUGUUUCUGCUGGAAGCAUGCUGUCGCCUUUUAGAAUGGCUCAAACUGAGCCUCUCUUGUAAAACACCCUACCAUCCAAACUGCAGUCUCUUCAUUCCCCUACAUUUCCCUCCCUUACUUUCUCUUUCUUGCCUGUAUUCUACCCUCUAUAUCCUCUGGACAUGGAGAUAUACCUCGCCUCUCCCGAGUCGUUCCCCUCCCCCCGUCUCUUCUCUCUACCUAUAGGGACCUAAUUAGACAAAGCUCUCCACAAAAAUAGCCAAUUAUAGAAACCCAGUUAUUACAAUCCCCCUAAUGAAAGGCAUUGACACAAGAAACAUUUGAUCACGUGCACAUCUCACAUUCUGAGGUAUUAUUUGACAAGGAUCCUGAUCUACACAUUAUGUGUGCUUGACGUAAAUCUUUACAUACAGUAUUCAGGUAAUACUAUGCCAAAGCUAGCACUGUUUGAAAGCUGAGUGUCCAAUGCCGUAUGUCAGUCAUUCACUGCUGCCGGCCUCUCCCCCCCCCCCCCCGGAGACAGUCUCAGCCAUGAGGUUAUUAUUGGGUAAAGAAAGAAUAAGGUCAUUUGGACAGGCCAAGCUGAUCCAGGAACAAUUAUUAUUACAGAUGUUGACAACCUCUAUUGUUCUGUCACUUCUGUCAGCCAUUUCUCUCUGAUCUAUUUUUGUAGCUGUCAGAGGAACUGAAGCAGGUUAGGUUUAUAAAUGGGCAGCCUAAGGCAAGGUGAAUUGUGGGUAGACAACAGAACUGUAUGUGCCCUUUCAUUACAAUGGCUCAGAAUCCUACUGAUGCUGUACUGUGUGUGUACUGUGUGUGUACUGUGUGUGUGCCGUGUGUGUGUGUUCUUGCCAUUCUCUCAUGGCUAUGAUAAUUAAUCGUACACUAAGGAGAAUGUGUGCUAUUUCUAGUGUUGCAGUGGUGGUGAAAGUUAUGAUGGGGGGGGUUAGAAGGUAGGUUCUGUGCUCUCUCAGAGGGUCAAGUUGAGCGUUAAGAAAGGGUGGGGAAUGACAUUGUGGAUGCGUGUAUAACUCUCCUACAUUGUAGGUUGGUCUGUCCUCAUGUGUGGCCUCAGGCCUAUUGGAAAUAUGGGCAUACAAUAGUACAGUAUGUCCCCUGUAAUUUUAGUGGUGUGGUACAUAAACUAUAGAAACUGUAGUGUAUGUGCCUCUUUCUCCAUGAUGGCUGAGCAGUAUGUGUGUCCUCAGGCCUGUGAGUGUGUAUACACUCCUAAUGUAUAACCGUAUACUGUACACAUGUAUCUAUCCUUUUCUUUGUUUCUGUUUCUUCAGAUUGGCCCAGCAGUAUGUGUACCCCCAGGCCUUCCUCCACCCCAGCAUGUUGCUCCAGUCCCACCUCAGCCCCUCUCAGGCCUCCCUCUCCUCCCCGUAUCUGGACUAUAGCUCAGCCUACGCCCCCUACACCUCCACCCCCUCAACUGGCCUUGAGCACUACCCCUACGCCCCCUCGCCCUCCACUAGCUACCUCAGCUACAGCUACUCCCCCGCCACACCAGGCCCUACCAUGUCUGCCCCCCCUACCCCUCCCACGCCCAUCCACCUCUCCCUCAACCCUCUCGCAGGCCUCUCUGCCCCCCCUGCAGCCUACCUCCAAUAUCCCCACCACCAGCCCGACCGCAUGCAGUGA